AUGUCAAUUGUAACAGAGAACAUCCUCGCUGCCCUCCCAAGCACGACUCGAGGACAACCCACCCCACUAGCCGCCGAUGCAAAGGGUGAAAGAAUAGCAUACGCCUCGAAUAAGUCCAUCUUUCUCAGGUCUAUUGACAAUCCCGCGACUUCGACUCAGUAUACUCAACAUACUGCGCCCACUACCGUCGCUCGUUUCGCUCCUUCCGGCUUCUACUGCGCCUCUGGUGAUGCCUCUGGUGUAGUUCGUGUCUGGGACUGCUCUCCCAACGGCUCCGGUACCACAAAGGGCGAAUACUCGAUCAUCAAUGGUCGCAUAAACGACAUUGCUUGGGAUGGAGAUAGCCAACGUAUAAUUGCUGUAGGAGACGGCAAGCAAAGAUAUGGACACUGUGUGACUGCUGAUUCUGGCAAUACCGUCGGUGAGAUCAGCGGUCAUUCUGCUCAGGUCAAUGCUGUGAGCAUUAGACAGCAGCGACCUCUGAGAGCUGCUACUGUUGGCGACGACAAGAAUCUAGUCUUCUACCACGGUGCUCCUUUCAAAUUCAACAGCAUCCCCGGUCGAGGUAACCAUACCAAUUACAUCUACGGCACAGCCUUUUCUCCUGAUGGUACCCACUUGGUCAGUGUCGGAGGUGACAAAAAGAUCUAUCUGUAUGAUGGCAAGACAGGAGAAGUGAAGGCCGAGGUCUCUGAUACCUCCGAUGGUCAUACUGGUAGCAUAUUUGGUGUCUCCUGGUCCAAGGACUCUCGUUCCAUUGUCACCUGCUCUGGCGAUCGUACUGUUAAGACUUGGGACAUUGAAGCUGCCAAGGUCACACAUACAUGGUCUUUUGGCGACAAUAUCAACAUUGCUGAUCAGCAGGUCGGAGUUGUCUGGCCAAGUCGCGCAGACGGCACAAUCAUCUCCUUAUCCCUCAGUGGUGACCUCAACUACCUCAAUGAAAACUCAGCUAAGCCGACCAAGAUCAUCUCCGGUCAUUCCAAGAAUAUUACAGCCCUCUCCGUCUCCUCACUUGACUCGCAGCCUACUUUGUGGACUGGCGAUUACGAAGGUCGUCUUUGUGCUUGGGACAUCGCAAAAGGCUCGGCCGAAACGAUCGAAGGUGAUGGCCACACAAACAUCAUCUCUGGGCUGGCUGCCACGACCAAAUCUUCCAAUGCUCAGAUCUAUUCCGUAGGAUGGGACGACAAAAUUCGUACUGUCGACCUUGGAGCCCACACUUUCCAUGGCAAGCCUACAUCUUUGAACACCCAACCGAAAGCUGUAACAUGCACAAGCGAUUCUCUUGUCAUCGUUGCUCAAGCCGAGAGCGUCAUCGUCUACCGUGACGGCGAAGAAGACGGCGAGCUUCCGUUGAAGUCUUCCCCUUCGGCACUCGCCGCUCACGGCACCACUGUCGCAAUUGGUAGCGCAGACUCGAGUCUUCGCUUGUAUACUGUCAAGCCUGGUUCUGCCCCACGACAAGCAGCAGCCGUUGACAAGGUAUCAGCCACAACUAUCACUGCACUAUCCUUCAGUGCUGACGGUUCUCUACUCGCUGUCGGCACGGCAGCAGGUAAGAUUUACGUCUACAAGAUCUCUUCUGGCUUGACUGGAUUUGUGACCGGCUCAGUUUCCGUCGAUCUUGUUACUGAUCGAUGGAGUGCACACACUGGCAAGAUCACUUCCAUCGCUUUCAAUCCUGAAGGUACUCAUGCCGUGAGUGGUAGUUUGGACACGAACAUUCACCUGUGGAUCCUCAAUGAACCAGGUAAGAGGAUAAAAGCUACCAACGCCCACAAAGAAGGUGUCAAUGGUGUCGCUUGGCUUAAAGAAGGCGUCUACAGCAUAGGGGCUGAUGCCACAAUCAAGAAAUGGAAGAUUCUGAGGGACAUCCAAAACCACCAAUGUCUAUACAAACUCCACCCCCCUAGAUACCACACGCCUCGACACAAGAUGACUCCUCAACCUACCGGGCCCUACAGGACUCCUUUCGAGCACGAACUCGACGAUAUGGCAAAAGACCGUCUAGCACAACCAGCAUACCACGAAGACCCAUACCACCGAUGGAGAAGAGGAGCUGAAAACGAGAUGCCACAUCGACCACGUCCCAAAUCAAAGGCAUCCCAGGUCUUUGCAACCUGUUGCUGUGGCUCGAUCGGCGGCAUCGUAGCCUGGAUCGUCGGGGUUGCACUUCUGACCGCUGGCUUCACAGGUUUGAUGGUGAAGACCCUGCUGCCCCAGAACACAACCACAGCCGCCACCACCACACCUACACCUACACCUACACCUACACCUAGCACAUCAAUCAGUACAGAGACAGUAACAACCACGCCGCCAGAGCCCUCCACGACUACAAUCCUUAUCAGCUCGACCAUCACCGCAACCCCUUCACUCACAACCUCCACUACGACUAUAUUCAGCACCAUCACUGAGAGCGCUCAACCAAGCCCAGAACCCGAAACCAUUACUUCCAUGAUUACCUCUGACUAUACCACGACCAUGCUCGACACCGUCACUGAGAGUGUCCUGCCGAGUCCUGAGCCAGAGACUGUUACGUCCAUGGUCAUAUCAGACCAUACCACGAUAAGCGAGCAUACGACAACGGAGCAGGAGACCGUCACGUCGCUGGAUACCACGACUGCGACGACGACGAGUACGACGCUGAGUACGGCGUCGGUGAGUACGGCUUCUUUCAUUGCUCCUGCUGCUGCUGGUAAGACCCGCGCGAAAAGAUACCUGAAUAUGUCAAAACCCUGA